GUUAGACACCUCCUGUCUGAUCCAUGUUUCUCAGGCGCUAAACAUGGAUCGCGCUUGCGCGGAUUGGCUGUUUCCUUGGUCACGAUUAGUGGCGACAAUAUGGAGUAGGACGCCAUGAAAAACACUAGAGCCGUGUUUUGUUUUAGUUGUGCUCAAGUAUGUAGCCAAACUCCAUAAAUUUUAGUCCUCCUCACCAAAUGUUUGUGUUGUGUGAAAAACUUCAUAUCUGUGGUCGUCAAUAAUGUGUCUGAAAAGUCUUCGAACAGGCAACUGUCAUCGAGUGAGGAUGUGACUAGAUCUAUAUGAACAGGGCUUCGUUCAUUUGACUUUCGAUUUUAUACGAAGUGUGAAUGGUCAUCUAAUUUAUUUACAUCUCUCGUAAGUGUUUAAAAAGCCCUAUAAAAUCUACCACAAUGCCAAAAGCACAGACUCGACUGCAGAUUUUGCAGGUAUGCAAACUCUUGCAAUGUGUGAGGGAGAAGAGCAAAGAUCAAAUCGAGAAGCUGACCAUGAAUGGCACUCCUCAUUUGAUCAAUUACAAUGAUGCAGAUGAAGGCUUGACCGCUCUCAUUGUAGCAGCUAAAGCUAACGAUGAUGACAUGACAGAAUUUCUUUUAGGGCUUGGUGCCCAUCCUGAUGUCAUGGAUCUGAAAGGCCGCACAGCUGCAAUGUGGGCUACAGAAUUUGGAAAUGUGCAGUGCCUUGAGAAGCUCCUUGCAGCUGGAGCUAACAUGACACUCACAGAUCUUGAAGGAAAAGGUAUUAUAUUCUUCUGCAUGACCCCAACACAUCGUCAUGAGAAAUGUUUGGAGCUUAUUCUUGAUCAUGGGGCAAAUGUGAACAACAUUGACAAAGAGGGGAAUCCAGUGUUUGUUGUGGCUUGCGAUCUUGCUGAAGAGAACGAAAAGCUUUGCCUUGAAUUAUUGAAGCGUGGAGCAGAACCAAACAGCAAACAGGAGAAAUCUGGUCGAACUGCACUGAUGGCAGCGGCAUCAAGUGGAGGAAAUAAAGUUGUUGCUGCUUUGCUUGAUGCUGGAGCUAGAGUGAAUGAUGUGGAUGUGAAGAAAUGUCACGCAGCUCAUUUUGCAGCUUUGGGAGGCCACCUGCAAGCUAUCAUGGCAAUGGCAGGAAACAAUGCAGACUUCAAUGUUGUGAACAGUGAAGGCAACAACCCUGUACACUUGGCGGCCCAGAAGGGCCAAGCAAUGUGCAUCAAGUUCCUGUCCCAGAGAGGAUGCAAUCCCAAACCAAAGAACAAUCAAGGAAAUACUGCAAAGGUCAUGGCAAAAGAGGCUGGCCAUAAAGAGGCUGGCAAAGAGAUUAGGAAGGCAGAGAAGACUUUUGGGAAAUCAGGGAAAAAUAAUGACCCGUGGAUUCUUCAGCUGUAUGACUGGGCUCUGGCUAGACAAGAAAAAAUUUUAACUGCAGUCAAAGCUAUAGAUGUAGAUGCUGUUGGGAAGAUAGGAAAUAAUGAGUUUAUUGAUGUUUUGACAUCAUUACAGUGCCCUACAGAUGAAGAUGAGGUGAAGAAAGUUAUUGCUCUUCAAGACAAGAGCAGAGAAGGAAAAUUAGAUUACAACGAUUUCUUUACAGCAAAGAAAUGGGUGAAUAAAAAUUAUUUAGCAUCAGCAUUUGAAGGAAAGAAAAAGAAAAAGAAGAAGGGGAAGAAAGGGGGAAAGAAAGGCAAAUUCAAGCUUGUCAUGCCAAUCUGCAUACAAGAUGAAGGUCCACGCACGUUUGGCGGCGCUCCUCCAGAAAUGUACAUACCUCGCCACAUACACUUCACAGACACUGGUCGGUUUGACAGAGAUAUCCCUCCGGUUCACCCAUUGCAAGAUGACUCAGCUUGGUACCUGCAAGCCCCAGCAAAGACUUACAUCAAUGUAAAUGAAGCGGCCAAAAAUCGAGACUUUGACUCCAUGAAGGAUUCCUUUGCUCAGGGUGUUCCGGUGGACACUCGAGACAAAUACUACAAGACACCCCUUAUGACAGCCUGCGCUGUAGGCAACCUCGAUGUUGUCAAAUUCCUAUUGGAGAAAGGUGCUGCCAUUAAUGCGAGGGACAAUUUCAAGUGGACGCCCCUGCACCACGCUUGUCACGCCGGACAGCUGGAUGUUGUACAGUUGCUGGUGGAGAACGGGGCGGAGAUUGACGCCUCCACCAUCAAUGGUGGCACACCGCUCACCCGAGCUAUUGAAAGCUCGAGGGAUACCGUCGUCCAGUACCUUAUGGACAGUGGAUGCAAAAUGCAAACGGAGAACAAGAAGGGACUCAAUCCAAUGGACCUGGCAUACUCGUGGGCAGACCCGAGAGUGUUUGAAGUCGUCCAGGCGAAAUGGGAAUCCCUUCCUGUCCCUAAGGACAAAAAAGGAGGAAAAAAGAAAGACACUAAGAAGAAACGUCCGCAGACAGCGGCUGGAGAUAAAGAAGAAGCUCCUCAGGUUGUUAAACUACCAGAAGAAGACUCAGUGCCCCUUCCAAGAAAAGGCUCCAUCUUGCGGGCUGCGUCGGCCCUGGCUGGAGGCCUGGAUGAGCAGGAAGACAUCACGUACACACCGAAGAAAAUGUGGACAGAACAGUCCACAACAAAGGAGCUACUGCAAGACAAAGAAGUCAAACGGGAGCGCUUUGGCUGGGAGGUGGACUUCCCUGAUUUUGAAAUGCCUUUCCAGAAAAAUGUAACCAAAAAAGUCGAACUGUUUGAGAAGGAGGAAGAAGAAUAAGUUUCAAAAUGAGUCAUGUUCAAUCCUAUUUUAAAUUUUAAGCUUGAGAAAAUUAUUAUUUUUCAUUACAGCUCCUUAUAAAGCACAGCAUUUGUUGUGUUGGUGUUAUAAAAGGAUUUGAGUAUUAAAUGUCAGAUAUCAUAGCUCUGUUGUUUCCCCAGGAAUUAAUUUGUGAAAAUUAUAGAUGAUAAAGAAUAUUUACAGGGCUUAAUGGCUUUAGUGAACCUCCUGUAUCUUUACAAUACUUUUGAUAAUCAAAAUACAUUUUUUAUUAUCAAAGAGAUCAAUCAAAUCCUAGUUAAAAAUGAAAAUGUUAUUACAUGUAUGUUUGAAACAUACUUAUGCUGCAGUCUAACAGAUGAAGCAAUAUGGUGAGAUAAAAAAAUUGAAAAUAAAUUCAAGAUAUUAUGUGUUUGAAAUUUCAAUCAUGAGGUAAAAAAAAUGUUUCUUUCAUAAGAAAAAUUUAAUUUGGAUGAAAAUCACUUCACAGGAAAACAUAGUAUUGUUUUUGUAAUCCCUGAUGUUUUCAAGUGCUAGUGUUCCUUCUGGCAGUUCAUGUCCGAUUCCUUCUCUGUUGUACAUAUCCCCUCUUUUUUCAAACAGAAACAAAAUAUUGAUGAGUGUCAUGGAGUGCAGAAAAUACACGCUUCACAUGUAAUAAAAGAAUAUGAAAUAUUUAACACGUUUAGAGUCUGAGCUCCAAGCAUUGUCAUUAGAUGACCACUAAAUCCUUAACAAUAUGCUUACAUACUAUUGGUAAUACUUCGAAGGGUAAUUCAUCAUAAAUUAGCUUUUUGAAUGAGGUAACCAUUUUUAAUGGAAACUGACAAUGAUGCUUGUAAUUCUUUUUUUUCUUUUACUUUUGAGACAUUUACACACAUAAAAUAUGUUUGAAAUGAAAAAAAAAAGAAGUCGUACCAGCAUUUUUGAAACCUUUAGAGCAAGUAUUAUGCAUUGCAAUGGCUGUGAUAUUUUUACACUUUUACCCCUAAAAGAAAACUAUCUUGUGAAACAAUUUAUGAGAAAUUUCCUCCUUGAGUUGUUGAUGUACACAGAUGAUACAGAUUCCUUUGCAUUAAUCACCUUAUGCUGAAUAAUAAAAUUUAAGCUGAAACCUGUUCACAUAAACUUUUUUAUCAACACAAGACUGCUGGAUAUUUUUUUUUUUUAGUUUGCUGGUUUCUUACUUCCCAAUGCCACGUUUGAACUAGGUAUUUUUCUUCUGCUUACACCCGAUAUAUUCAGCCGAACAGAUAUUUUUUAUUAUUUCGAGUUAGAUUCAUUUGUACCGUCAACACUUUACGGAUAUCAAACAGGAUAAUCUAGAGACAGGAAUACACCAUAAUUUAUUAAUGUAUAGGCCAACCAUAUCCUACAUAUCUUUUACAUUAUGAGGAUAUUUACUUUUUCUGCCCCAUCAAUACAUUGUUAGCUUAUUUCUUUUACUGUUAAAUCUCCUAAAUGAAAAGAAAACAAUCGCGUAAUAUAUUGAAAGACAGGCUUGUAAUGUUUGAUUAAACACACAGAUGUUUACGUCUUACCUGUGUGUGUGUCAUCAAUUUAAAAUUACAAGAGUUGCUUGCUAAAAAAAAUCUCCGGUAUUAUUAAAAACAAACUUUCAGAAGUGGAUGGGAUCUGCAAGGUCUUUGGACCUUUUAUUAUCAUGAUUUCUCUGUUCUUUAUUAAUUGUUUGUAAGGGUUUUUUUUCCAAACGGUCAAUGAAUUGGAGUUAUGAAAUAAAGUGUUUGUACCGUUAACAAAUGAAAAGACCUUUUAUUGAUUUACAACUUAUUCACUGACUAUUAUUGUGAAAGUGAUAGAGGUGUAGGCAUGGGAUAUGGGUAAUUCAGUUCGACUUUCUCUGAAAAAAGUUACUCUGAAGGAAAAGGCACUACUAAGUGAGUAGUAAAAUACAAGACAUUCACAUUCUUCAUCCAUUUAUUCUUUCUCGAGUGAAUGCCAUAAACUUUUGUAUAUUAUCAUUGUGAAUGCUGUAUUUCGAAGCUUGCACGGAUGAACUGUUGAACAUCUGCAGUUCUCCUUUCAGCUUGUAUGUCUAUAUAUUUUAUACAGUCAUCUUAUGGUGAACUUGAAGUGCAUGUAUGGAAAGAAAUAUAAACAAAUAUGCAACAUGUUGAUUAAAACUUGAAGACUACUUA